AUGGAUCAUAUUGGAAUUAGCGGCGGCGGCGAGGGCGGGGUGGUGUCUCCGGCGCAGCCGUCGUCGCCGGAGCGGCGGUACAAGGGCGUGCGGCUGCGGAAGUGGGGGCGGUGGGUGUCGGAGAUCCGGAUGCCCAACAGCCGGGAGAGGAUAUGGCUGGGCUCGUACGAGUCCGCCGAGAAGGCGGCGCGGGCGUUCGACGCCGCCGCCGUCUGCCUCCGCGGCUCGCGCGGCGCCGGCUCGCUCAACUUCCCGGAGUCCCCCCCUCCCGACGUCCGCCGCCGCUUCCCCGGCGCGGCUCUCACGGUCGAGCAGAUCCAGGCCGAGGCGGCGAGGCACGCCAACCGCCCGUUUCCGGCGAACACCGCCGCCGCCGGCGGGUCGUCGUCGUCGUACUCGAUCUCGCAGCGGCAAGAAGCAGCAGCCCCUGCGCGGUCGACGAGCAACGACGACACGGCCAUGUCGUCAGUGCCCUCCACCGACGGCGGCGCUGCCGACUACGACGGCGGUGAUGAUGUCAUUGACUGGUCAUUCAUGGACACGUUGCCGGCGAUGUCGUCGUCAGCGGCUAGUACCAAUGCUGAUCUGGUCCCGGCCAUGGAUGAUUUCAUGUACGGGUUCUUGCACACAAUGCCGCCAUCGCCAUGCGAAGACGGUGGGGAGGAUGUGAUGAUCGACGGCAAUUGCAACAUGGAUCAGACAUUUUUCUCAGUAGAUCUUUGGAGAUUUUGA